ACCGCCAGUCGCCCGUCAGUCGUCGAGCGCAACGCACAUCUGUCACGCUGUCGCGCGCGACCUUCCAACCAUGUGGUGAAGUGAAACUGUCAAACGCGAUACACAACUCGCAACUAUUACAUUUUAUAUAAACUAUAUUACUUUUAAACAUUGCCGUAGUGAAUUGUGAUCUCGUAGUGGUGCCACCGUUUUGGAAAAUUGGAUUAUACGAACGAAUAAUGGCCUUAGCCAGGUAUAACCAACAAACUGGACGCUCAGCUUGGUUGAAGCUCGGCGCGGGCAGCGAGUGCGGCGGCGGAGGGUCGGGCGGCGGCGGCGCGCCCGCUCCGCAGUCGGCGCGCGUGUCCUCGAACGUCGCCGGCGGCAUGGCGGUCAGCCGCGUGCCCAGCCCGCUGCACGACGGGAACACGCCCGUCGCCGAGAACUGGUGCUUCACACAGGUCAAAGUGGUGAAAUUCAGUUACAUGUGGACAAUAAACAAUUUUAGUUUUUGUAGAGAAGAGAUGGGUGAAGUGUUAAAAUCAUCGACAUUCUCAGCCGGUGCUAGUGAUAAGUUAAAGUGGUGUCUCCGUGUUAACCCUAAAGGACUCGACGAAGAGAGCAAAGACUACUUAUCGUUAUAUCUAUUAUUAGUGUCGUGUAAUAAAUCAGAAGUCCGAGCAAAGUUCAAGUUUUCAAUAUUAAACGCGAAGCGGGAAGAGACGAAGGCGAUGGAGUCACAGCGUGCAUACAGAUUUGUUCAAGGCAAAGACUGGGGGUUCAAAAAGUUCAUUAGAAGAGAUUUCCUACUAGACGAAGCGAAUGGACUCCUACCAGAAGACAAGUUAACGAUAUUCUGCGAAGUGUCAGUAGUCGCGGAUAGCAUAAACAUCAGCGGGCAGAGCAACGUGGUGCAGUUUAAAGUGCCGGAGUGCCGGCUAUCGGACGACCUGGGCGCGCUGUUCGACAACGAGCGGUUCUCUGACGUCACAUUAGCGGUCGGAGGCAGGGAGUUCCAGGCGCAUAAAGCGAUAUUAGCAGCGCGGAGUCCCGUGUUCGCGGCCAUGUUCGAGCACGAGAUGGAGGAGCGCAAGCGCAACCGCGUGGACAUCACGGACGUGGACCACGAGGUGCUGCGCGAGAUGCUGCGCUUCAUCUACACCGGCCGAGCGCCCAACCUCGACAAGAUGGCCGACGAUCUGCUCGCCGCCGCCGACAAGUACGCGCUGGAGCGGCUAAAGGUGAUGUGCGAGGAGGCGCUGUGCCUGAACCUGUCGGUGGAGACGGCGGCCGACACGCUCAUCCUCGCCGACCUGCACUCCGCCGACCAGCUCAAGGCGCAGACCAUCGACUUCAUCAACACAUCGCACGCGACGGACGUGAUGGACACGGCGGGCUGGAAGAACAUGAUCUCGUCGCACCCGCACCUCAUCGCCGAGGCGUUCCGCGCGCUCGCCACGCAGCAGCAGCAGAUCCCGCCCAUCGGGCCCCCGCGCAAGCGCGUCAAGCAGGCCUAGGCCACACCCGGCGACAUCCAGCCGACAUCCAGCCGAAGAUGCUCGGCGUUUCAUUGCGUGCCAAUGGUCUGUGCUAACGCUCGGCCCGUCAUGUUGCGCUCGAACGCAAGUUUUCACUCGGGUGGGGACGGAGAUUUUUGUUACAAUCUUUGACGAAUACACCUGUCCCUACUUAAAAUAUAGAAGCGAAAGAUGGAGUAUCGGCGUGGCGGGGAAAACGCGCGUUUGAAACGUUCAUGUACCGCUCGCCUUUUGCCAAAGGAAAACUCCGUCUAAUAUUGAGGAAGCGUCAGACGGCAUCCGACGGACGCGGAGAGUGGCGGGGUGCGGUGGACCAGUUGGUGUAGUGGAUCCACGGAUUCAUCCUUUUGUUUACUAUGAUUGAUCUCAAGACGAUAUUCGAUCCUAAUGUUUUUGUCUCUCGCGGUCGGUUAGUGGCGCCGCUUUAUGAUUACUUUACGUGUAGGUUUACGGAGUUUGGACGCUUUUUGCGCGUUGCCGUAGUUCGGAUGUAGCGGAGGUUAUCGAUAUGUGUUAAGGCUUCGAGUUAUCGUUUUAUGCAUGUCGUUUAUGUGGAAAUUCUCUUGCACUGUUGCGGUUAUGUUUUUGUGUAAAUUAUUGCUAUUGUAUAACGAAUACGAAGCUCAUGUCUAGAAAAUAUCCAAUAUCCAUGUCAUGUAAAUUUAAUCAUAUGAUUACGUACGCGAAAUUAUCGGCUAACAAUUAUUUUUAUUUAACGUAAUGAAUGAAUCAAAUAUUUAAUUAAAAGUAGCGACUUUUCAGUUCAGAUAAUCAUAAUCGAAAUCAAUUUAUUCAACAAAAUAAUCUCAAUCCCGUGCAAAAUAUCCAUUACAUAAGAUUUCUCGGUAGAUGUUUAAAAGUAGCAACUUUUGAACAUAAUGGUUGAAGUAGAAUGGUAUUUGAAUGCAAUAAAUCUGUGAAAAGCUCGCGUUGCGUAGGGUUACUGGCGGCGCUGUCUCGGCAUUAAUGAGCCAAGGAAUUGCGGGGUAUUCCUACUAGUUACCACUUAGUUGUUACCAGUGGUAACUAUUGGAUUUUAACAACUCUGUGGUGACUAGUAAGCCCGAAAUUGUCCGCCUCAGACCUCACUGCAAGUAACCCUGCGAGUAGCAUUUGUAGAAGCUUAGGUGACUCGAGUGAUUGUAAGAAGUCUAUUGAAAUCGUUGGUAUUGUAUAUAGAUGAGCUACGAUCCCACCAUUAAAGUAAAAAUAUUUCUAAGUACUAAAUUGUAAGUGGUAUCGCAGGUGAAGCCGUCAUUUUUUAUUGCAUCAUAAGAUUCCAAUAAAAUGUUGUGAUGUUUAUGAAAUUUUCCAUAGUUAUUACAGACACACACACACAAGGUUUUUUGUUUUCAUUAUUUAUAAAUGUACGGAUAAUUUAAUUUGAGUGAAGUAUGUAUUAAAAGUAUUGUGUAGUUGGUUGCGCUUCGUCGAUUGUAUCGCGAGUCACAGUCGGCGGUACGUCGGCUAUCCUUGCUCACUUGAUUCAUCCAUAUUUGUUGAUCCGAAAUGACACUCAUUCAUUAAUGACCCCGACCACGUUGUUUCAACAUCAUCCAUCAUCGCUGUGUGUCAACAGAAAUUAAGAUUAUUUAUUGCUUUAAUCAGUAGUCACAAAAGCAAAUGUUCUUAAUAUCUAUCGAUACAUAGCGGUAUUUUAACAAGACAUUUGUAAGACUUGUGUGAGUUUGAUCUACCCAAGUUAGGUAACUUUGUAUUGUUAAACAUUGUGGCCAAUAAAUAGUAAUACUUAAAACAAACAUUUUAUACCCAUGUCCCAUUUACAUAGCUGACAGAAGUUGUUGUGUAAUUAAACUUACCUGUUACAUAACAACUGUCAGAAUAUUAACUGUGAUUUUCGACAUUGUCAAUAAGUUGAGCAAAUAAAUUAAAAAUGAUGUAAA